AUGGUAAAACAUAAGCUCCUCAAUGAGAAAUUCGCUUCUGCGAAUCUCGGUGUGCCUUUUGCUGUACUGCAGGAAACACGCAUGGGAGAUCGGCCCGUCAUCAACAUCGAAAAUUACACCAUAUACUGUGGCGAUGCUGAUGAGAACAAAGCAGGUGGCUGCGCGAUAGCAGUGAGGAAUGAUUACAACAACCUAGUGGAGGAAUUUGGCUCAACGUCGCCUACACGCGCCCUUGUACAUCUGCGGGAUCGCAGAGGACGUAAACUUUGGAUCGUAAGUGCUCACGCACCUACGGAAACCGCUGAGGACAACAGUAAGGACGUCUUCUAUAAUGAACUCAAUUCGUUGACGUCUAAAAUACCAAGCCAGCAGGAAGUCGUUGUCGGAAUCGACGCUAACGCGAAGAUGGGACUCGAACAGCAAUCCGAUGUGCUAGGAAAAUGGUAUUAUCCAGCGGAGCCCACGUCAGACAACGAUGACCGUCUGGUCAACUUAUGCGAACAGACGGGACACAUCAUCACUUCAACGUUCAAGAAGAACCAUCGACGCCAUCAGCUCGUGUGGCACGGGUCAACCUUUUUCACGCCUGAAGAGCAGCGCAAGAGGAAGAUGAGGACUCUUAAACUUCAGCUUGACUACCUUCUGGCAAGGAACAUUCCUCAGCCGGUUAUCCGAAAAUCUAGAGCUGUUUGGGACGUCGCGUUAGACUCUGACCACCGUCCAGUUCUUCUCAGCUUCAAGAUACGGUUCCAGAGGAGAAACCGAGGAGUUCCUCUUCAACCGAAAAUCGACAUGGCAGGUUUGAAAGACGAUGAAUGCAGAACAAAAUUCCGCCAACGUGUGUCUAUUCAUGUUGGAGUACGGACCAGGAAGAAGCUUAGCGAUGCGGAUUCCUUCACAAAAAACAUCCAGGACGCUGCAGGGGAAACGCUUCCAGUUCUAUUGCCGCGGAAGAAGUUUUCCUUUGCGUCUGCAGAAGAAAAAUCCACGUACAAUUCUGUAUGUGUCGCGUGCAACGCUGGUGACUUCAACCAGGAAAAGCGUCUUAGAAGGAAGCUCCAUCGUCAACUGCAACAGGACCGCAACAACGAGUGGACGUCAAGAGCGAUGGAGUUUGAGAAGGUGUGGAAGGACAGGAACCCGCGGAAAGCCUAUGCUCUACUAAAACAGUAUAGCAGCAAAAUGAAAAGAUGUUCUCCUGUCCUCAACACUGCCAGUGGAGUAGCUAUCGGUGAAGCAACCCUUCCAAUUUGGAGGGAACACUUCAAGACCUUGCUGAAUUGGUUAGCGCCGUCAGCUCCUGAACUCGAGCACGUUCAUAGACCAACAUAUGCGGUUAACGAGGAGCCACCGACCUAG